AUGGCAACACUGCUUAGCAACUAUACAAAGAAAUCAGCUAAUGUCUCCUCUAUAUACAGCCCUAACAUCCCCCCAUCCCCUGCAUACCUACGACGGGAGACAAAACAGUGGCUUCGUACAGAGACAUAUACAGCAUAUGCUAGUAAGGCACCCCAAGCCUACAAGACCCUGGAUAUCAGACCCCAUACAAAGGAAAGCCGCACCCGCGAGCACAAGCUUCCCCGUUGGGUACUUGGCCGACUCGUCGCCGCCCGUACAGGCCACGGAGACUUUACGGCAUACCACCAGCGCUUCAACCACCCAGACUACCUGGAGAGCUGCUCUUGUGCUGCCGGGGCUGAAGAAUUCAGCCGCAUCGUGCAAGAAUCAUCCUUCUUCAAGGAUAUAUGCCUGAACUGGGCCCGCCGGAGUGCUUGA